UGGCUGCAGUGCGCGUUCCCGACACAGGGGGAACAGAUUUUCCCAGAGCUGGGAAAGCUGUAUGRUAGAAGAGUUGUGAUAUUAAAAUGAAAGAAGGUGGGGCUUCUUCGCAUCCUUCCGACGCAGGUUCCCUCGGAAGAUGAAGCAGCUGCUGGAUGGUUGUCAGAUCGCUGCGCACUCGGGAUGGUCCGCUCAUUCUGACCCAGCUUCCCUCAGGCGCUGAAGAUGUCGGAUUCUCUGGGAGUCCACCUGCAGGUUGUGCUGGCUGUGGGUCUGGCUGUGCUCUGCUACUGUCUGGUUCUUGGCUGCAUCCUUUGCUGUCGCAAACAGAAAAGCCUUUCCUCUGAAGACAAAGAAGCAGCUGUUCUGUCCCCUCAUCCCGCUGAGAGUGUGACUGUGACAUUAAGUCACUCUCCGUGUACUCAGCCUGUCAAACAGCAGUACGAAGAGCUGGAUGGUGAUGUGUUGGAGUGCCCUUCUUCUAAAAGUAGCUCUUCUCCAUCUGACGGUGACGUCAGCACUCUCCCAUUCGACAACAGCCCUUCUAGAGCCGCUGAGCUGGCGCAGUCUCCCAGAGCUACUUUCCCAACGCGGCGCCUUAGUACUUCUGCUCUGCCCUGCUCUCCCAAUAAAGCUGCUAGUCACGGAAGGGCUUCCUUGCCCUCCCUCACCAAGCUCAGCUUUGUGUCCAAAUCCCGCCGGGUGAUAGGCAGACGCAGAACUGUUAGUGGAGAAAGUUAUGCUCUCAGUGAGAGCAGUCGGCUCACAGCAGGUGCUCCCAGCGUUAACAGCCAACAGGGGGAGCCAUGUCACCCUCAGUACGGCUCCAACUCCAUCUCUGCCUCAGCCAAACCAGCUCCUCUUCUGCACUUUUCCCUGCUCUUUAGCUCCAGCUCUGGCACCUUGGUGGUCAACAUCCUGGGGCUUUCUGGGGACACUAGAAGGCGCAGUGGGGUAUUUGUUCGYGCCAGCCUCCCUCCGCUUYACCCCUUGCUCCAGCAGACAGCCCCACGCCGGCGCAGCCUCUGCCCAGACUUGGUCAGCCAGAGCUUUGUGCUGCAGGUGGGCUCUGUGGAGGAGCUCUGCACCUGCACCCUGAGGCUGGYGGUCUACAGCAGGGACUUCUCUGGGCUGAGAGAGGCUGCUCUGGGGGAAGUGGAGUUACCCUGUGAGGAGUUUGAGUGGGAGCCUGACUCCAAGACUACCUACACCAAGCAGCUCAUCCCAAGCAAAAUCAAGCUGAAAAAGAGUUUCAGUUCUCAGGAGACUCUGGGAUGCAGGAAAAGCUCAAUCUGCAUGCCUCGGACUUUGGGCCAACUGUUCAUCUUGCUGCAGUACCAGACCCUGGCUCAGCGAAUCAAAGUGAUGAUUCGAAAGGCUGAAAAUUUGGUCAAGCUGACACGAAUCCCAGGAACUCCAGAUCACUAUGUUGUCAUCAACUUACAUCAGGAUGGUAAAAAAAUUGACACAAAGGAGACCAAAGUGGCCAGUGGACCAAACCCCAUCUGGAAUGCUCCCUUCCUGUUUGACCUUCCACCUGGUGACAUCACCMAGCUGCCGCUGGCUCUYGAAUUCAUCGUGAUGCAGGGCCGUCUCUACACUAAGAACAGCAUUCUGGGGCGCGUACUGAUUGGCGSCGAUGCUUCAGAUGUCGGACAGGAGCACUGGAGGGAAAUCUGCGGUCCAGGACARACAGAAACCACCCGCUGGCACGCCAUCCRGUCAGAUGCAGUGUAGGACUGACUGUAUGUAAGAAACGUAGGUGGAGCAGAAUCACAUUUAUCUGUGGGACUAUAGAAGGUGAAACACUGAUCACACUGGUGUGGUAGGAAUGAUGCGUUUUUCUAAUAUACCAGUCAUCUCACUCCAUCACAUUACUGAUUAUUACGUCACUGUGAUUCCUUAAUUCUUUAGCAUUGUAACAACUUGGAUGUACUGUGAAACUUAUACUAAUGUUGUAGAAUUGUUUAUUUUGUGCCAAGAAACUACAAAUAUCAAAGCUUGCUGGACAAAAUGGCUAACAUGCAUGUGUGUAAUUUACAUCYUUGACAGUGUGUGACUAUUUUCUGGCAUCUGUAACUGUACCAAUGUCCCUCUUUCACACUCUUAUAUCUAUCAUUCUGUACAGAGCUGUUAAAAUGUAAUUGUUAUGGUUGGGAUGCCUGCUAAUUCUUCAUCAUUUUGUUCUUUACCUGGGGACACAUUUUGAUUAUUUAUUUUUUUUAAUGRGAUUUCAAAGAAACCUCGUACUGUUGRGGUCCUAAAAGGUUUUGAUAAUGGGAAUAAUUAAAGAUACAUAAUUACACAGCACAUGAAGAUCUCUACUCUACAAGUAUCUACAGGUUAAAUAUUUUCACGUUGAAGAAAGGCUCACUGAAAACCAAAAUGUCUGACAGCGAUUGGAUUUGUUUCUUAAAUAUGAAUAGCAAAAAUAAUUUACAGCAAAAAUAAAAUAGUAACAUAAAAACAUAAAACAAAAGUUAGUCCCAGAUUACUUAUUGCAAAGCUUUUUUAAAAAAAUCUUAAGGAAGGACACAUUUUUAUAUGUCAGUACUGCAGUGGGCCAACAGGUGUCAGCAGAACCACCUCUACGCAUUUGGAGAUUCAUUAGAAUAGAGACGAUGCUCGGUUCUUUUUAAUAUGACUGCUAAAGAGGUAAAUUUGAAAGCGGUGGACAUUUUCUGUAAAUAAACUUUCUGCAUGUCAAGAAGUGUUCAAACAUCCUGUUAUUAUCUAGAUGUUUAAUUUUGUUUAUUUGACAAUUUAAAAUGAAAUAAAUAUAAUUCACAAGAAAGCAAAAGUAGCAAGUUACUAAUUUAUUGUCAUUUCAUGUAAAUCAUUGUCCACUUUAUUAGGUACACCUCGCUAAUGCUAGGUUGGACCCUGUACUGCCUUCAGAACUGCCUUCAUUAUUCCUGCCAGAGAUUUAACAAGGAGUCAGAAACAUGUCUUAGAGAGUUCAUAUUCACAUGACAGUAUCAUACAGUUCCCGCAGAUUUAUGUGCUGCACAUUCAUAAUGUACGUCAUCCUUGUAUUUGUGUCAUAACUCAUAUCUUCCCAGUACAUUUUAAAAAUUAGCUGUUCAUGGUGAUGCUGUGAGGAGAAUGGGUCUCUGGUAGCGGUCGGUAUUGCAACAAAUCUGAAUAAGCCACUGACUGAAGAAUAUGACAGUCUCAUGAUGACAUGCUAACAACUCAAUAUUUGGUCAACCGAGAUAAUAUUCCAGAGUAACAUGUUCUGGAUGACACUGUAAGUUAUUGGCAAACACUGCUAAUCCGUCUCAUUUGCUUUUGGGAUGCUAAUCAGCUGUUCUUUGUUGUAAAAAACAAUGCAUUAUUGCCACAUUUUAAAAACUGUCUAAAAGCACACAAAUAAAAUAAA